CUAGCGAAACACGCGCACACACCCACAUGAUAUAUAUGAAAUUAGAUUAUGUGCUGUUUGGUUACUGAGAAGGUGUAGGAAACGGCGGAUGGAACCACCACUUAAAUUCUCGACAUAAUCAUCUUUGUGAUACUGUUGGGAGCUAAAUUUUAACUGGACUGAGCCUAAAUCCAAGCCGUUAUUGUCUAUUUGAGCUGGGAUCUUCGUGUUAUAGAAAUCUAGAAAAGGUAAGAAAUGGGAUCCCAAAUUCCCUUGAACAGUGAUCGUACAAGGACAAAUUGGACACCAGCAAUGGAACGCUAUUUUAUUGAUCUUUUGUUAGAUCAGGUGCAUAGGGGGAAUAGGAUGGGCCAUACAUUCAACAAACAAGCUUGGACUGAUAUGCUGACCAUGUUCAAUGCAUAUUUUGGAUCUCCAUAUGACGAAAAGGUCUUGAAAAGUCACUACACUAAUUUGUGGACGCAAUUCAAUGAUAUAAAAAUUCUUCUCGAUCAGAAUGGAUUUUCUUGGGAUGAUACUAAACAAAUGGUGGUAGCCAGUCAUCAUGUUUGGGAUUCCUACGUCAAGGCUCACCCAGAAGCGCAGUCCUACAGAAAUAAAGCCUUGGUGAACUUCAAUGAUUUGUGCUUGAUAUAUGCACACACAACAGCAGAUGGAAGAUACAGCCGGUCCAGUCAUGAUUUAGACUUUGAUGAUGACAUGCAAGGAUUGAAUAUUGGUGUUGGAGUGAAUAGCCUUUUACCCGUGAGUAAAAAGCAUUCGAAAAAAGAUUGGACACUUGCCAUGGACCGAUAUUUUGUCAAGCUUAUGUUGCACCAACUUAAAAAAGGCCAUAAGGUCCACAAUACAUUCAAAAACCAAGCAUGGAAAGACAUGCUCACUUUGUUCAAUGGGAAAUAUGGAACAAAAUAUGGUAAAAGUUUCUUAAAACACCGUUAUAAGAAACUAUUCAAGUACUAUACUGAAAUGAAGAGACUACUUGAGGUAAAAGGGUUUUCGUGGGAUGAAAAGCAACAAAAGAUAGCAGCAGCUGAUUAUGCAUGGGAUACUUAUAUCAAGGCACACCCAGAUGCAAGUCAAUAUAGGAAGAAGACCUUGCUAAACUGUAGAGAUUUGGAAUUGAUAUUUGGAAAUGCUGUUAGCAAUGGACAUUUUAGUCAAUUUCAGCGAGGGAAAAAUUUUGAAGGUGAAGAAAAGGAGGGCCAUUCCUCUGCUGGUAGUGAAUGCCAGAGAAUGAUUUGGACAUCCCUAAUGGACCGUUACCUCAUUGAAUUGUUACAAGACCAGGUGCUUAGUGGGAAUAAAAUUGGUCAUGGAUUUGUAGCUGAGGCUUGGAUUGAAAUGGUCAAAUUGUUCAAUGCAAAGUUUGGCACUCACUAUGACAAAGAUUCUCUGAAGAAUAGAUACAAACAUUUAAGAAGGCAAUAUAAUGACAUAAAGGUUCUUCUUGAACAAGGUGGGUUUUCUUGGGAUGAAACAAGAGAAAUGGUAACGGCUGAGGAUUACUUCUGGGAUUCUUAUACUAAGGUUCAUCCUGAUGCCCGGUCAUAUAAAAAUACAUCUGUCCCAAGCUAUCACAAAUUAUGUGUCAUAUAUGGUGAGGAAGUUUCUAACGGGAGACACAGCGUUUCAGCAUGCAAUGCAGAUCUUGACAGUGAAGAUCCAGAUUUGAUAAUUGGAGAGGACAUCCCAUGUAAUGCAAACAGUGAAUUUUCAAGAACACAUUGGACACCUUCAAUGGACCGAUACCUCAUUGACAUUAUGCUAGAGGAAGUACAUAAGGGGAAGAAGAUUGAUUUCACUUUCAAGAAUCAAGCAUGUAUAGAUAUGAUUAUGUUGUUCAAGGAAAGAUUUGCCCUACACUAUGACAAAGAUUUCCUGAAGAUUCAUUAUAGAAGUUUGGAGAAGCAGUACUAUGAUAUGAAAAAUCUUCUCGACCAAAGUGGGUUUUCAUGGGAUGAAACACGGCAAAUGGUCACAGCUUAUGGUGAUGUUUGGGAUGCUUAUUUAAAGGAAAACCCAGAUGCAAAAUCAUACAGAAACCAGCCAAAGCCAAAUUACAAUGAUUUGUGCUUGAUUUAUGGAAAUCCAGCUUCUGAUAGAGGGUGUUACCAGUCAGGUCAAGAUAUUGGCUGUAAUGGUGUUGAAUUUUCUGAAGGUGCCAGGCUUAGCAAUAGCCAUCACUGGAGAACUGAUUGGACGCCGCCAAUGGACCGAUAUUUUAUUGAUCUUAUGUUAGAGCAGGUAUGCAAUGGAAGUAUUGUUGAUCAUAAAUUCAACAAGCUAGCCUGGAGCGAUAUGGUUUCAAAGUUUAGUGCAGAAUUUGGGUAUCAGUAUGACAAAGAUGUCCUGAAAAGUCGUUUUAUGAAUUUGAGGAAGCGAUUCAACGAUAUGAAAACUCUACUUGACCAUAGCGGAUUUGCUUGGGAUGAAAUGCAGCAGAUGAUAACUGCUGACGAUGAUCUAUGGCAUGGUUAUGUCAAGGAGCAUCCUGAUGCCCGAACAUAUCGCAAUAGAACUCUACCAAAUUUCAAUGAUUUGUUUAUGAUUUACGGAAGUGAAAACACUGGCAAAAGGAGUAAUUACUCAAGUCACGCUAUGGAAGCUGAGGACUGUAUGCUGGGAGUAAAUAUUGGUGAAGAGGAUGACCAAUCUCCUGCUAAUAGUGAUCCUCUAGGGAUAAACUGGACAAGGCAAAUGGACCGUUAUUUUAUUGACCUCAUGUUAGAGCAGCUGCACAGAGGAAAUAAGAUUUAUGGGACGUACAACGAGCAAGCUUGGACCUGGAUGAUUGCUUCAUUCAAUCAAAAGUUUGGACUUAUUUGUGACAAGGAUGUACUAGAAGAUCGCUAUUUGAGUUUGAUGAAAGAGUAUACAGAUGUCUUGAAUCUCCUCAAUCAUAAUGGCUUUGCUUGGGAUGAAAUAGACCAAACAGUGAUAGCUGAUGAUGAUGUUUGGAUGGCGUAUAUCAAGGAGCAUCCUGAUGCAAUUGCAUACCGAGAUAGGAUCUUAGAUGGUUAUAGUGAUUUGGGCUUGAUUCAUGGAAAUGACAGUUGGAAUGGUAGAACAAGUAGUUUGGACAUAAAAUUCGAAACCGACAAUAAUGCCUUGGGGAUGGGGGUCAAUGAUGUGGGAGACAUGCAAUCUCCAUCUGGGGACUUUGAAAUGUCUCGGAAGCGAAAAAAGAGAAAAUCCGCAAGUUCAUCAACCUCAGCAGGCAUUCAAAAAGUUCAGAGAACACUCGGGGAGGAGAUACAAGAAGCAGCUGAGGAGAAGUCAUGUCUAGUCAAAACUCACGGGGGUAUUGAAGAGGACAAAGACUACAGCUCAAUAGAAUGUAUUGUUGCAGCACUUCAAACUGUUCCAGACAUGGAUGACGAGCUCUUCUUGGAGGCUUGUGAACUUUUGGAAGAUGAGAGAAAGGCCAAGAUGUUUGUGGCCAUGGAUGUCACUGCACGGAGGAAGUGGUUACUGAAGAAACUUCGACGGUAGGAUCUAUAUAGCUGGUGUAAAUAACUUCCAUUUUUUCUGUAUGUGAUUUCCUCGCUGAAAUUGCAAUUAUUUUCUAAAUGCCCGGGUGUUUUUGGGUAUAUUGCUAGAUGCAGUAUUAGGGUGUGCAAUCUCUACACAUUCCUUUUGAAAAGGAUGAUGUUUAUUAUUAAAAAAAUAAUUUUUUCAUGUAAGUAUUUACUCAUUUUUUUCAAAAGGAGUGCGAGACUUGUACAUUUUAGAAUCAUUUCUUUUGAUUGGAAAGAAAUCAGCUUGUUUGAUGAUUAUGGCUGAAAA